GCAACUGCACGCUAAAAGAAUGGAUCGCUGGGGUGGAAAGGUGGCCGUGAUAACCGGUGCUAGUUCGGGAAUAGGUGCUGCCAUUGCUAAAGAUCUUGCCAAGGCUGGUAUGGUUGUGGUUGGCUUAGCACGACGAGUUGAGCGUAUCGAUGCGCUGAAGGAGCAUUUGCCGGAAUCGGCAAGAGAUCGAUUACACGCAUUCAGCUGCGAUGUAUGCAAAGAGGAAACCAUUUUGGAGGCGUUCAAGUGGGUGGAAGAAAUGUUCGGAGGAGUAGACGUACUGAUCAACAGUGCCGGCAUCGGACACCACACCGAACUGUUCGCAGCGAAUAACACUGAAAUGCUGCGCGAUGUGAUUGAUACGAAUGUGUUGGGGUUGGUGUUGUGCAGCCGGGAGGCUUUUCAAUCAAUGAAGAAGCGUGCCGUUAAUGGUCACAUUGUCCAUAUCAACAGCAUUGCUGGUCAUAAAGUGUUCAAUCAUCCGACUAUCAACAUUUAUUCUGCAUCUAAGUUUGCCGUUACGGCCAUCACGGAAACAAUGCGCAACGAAAUGUUGACUGCUGGAACGCACGUGAAGGUUACGAGCAUCAGUCCCGGAUUCGUUCGGACAGAAAUAAUGCCAGAGGCUAUGCUCCGAAAAGGUUAUCCCAUGCUGGAAGCCGAGGACAUUUCGGAUGCCGUACUGUACGUCCUGGGUACCCCACCUCGAGUUCAGAUUCAUGAAUUGAUGAUCAGACCAGUUGGACAGAUCUUCUAGGAGAUUGAAUGUUUCAUGCGCGAUGUAGUUGUUCAUAAACACAAUUCAUUUUGAAUCAUAAGUACUUCUGUUGUCUUCGUCGCAAUUAUUCUUCUCCUUGU